CUAAAAUCAAUAGUUUUCGUUAGUUUCAUUUCGAUACUUUCCGGUUUCGUUUCAGAUGAUAAUUGUGCUGUAAAUUUCGGGAUGACGUCGGGGGUGACGAUCGCGAAGGUGGGGUGUCUACUGUUAUAAAUAUUAAACAAAUACUGGUGAAGACUAGUGUCUGGGGACCGGGUACUAACCAAAGCCGAAAGAUGAAUAUGUGGAGAUCCGGAGGGAUACCCCUGAGCGCGCUCAGCCCCAAGUAUCUCCACACGAACUCCACCAGUCACACCUGGCCGUUCAGCGCCAUCGCGGAGCUGAUCGACAAUGCAUACGACCCAGAUGUCAUGGCUAAGCAGUUCUGGAUUGACUGGACUCGGAUAAAGGGGUUUGACUGCCUUACAUUUCAGGACAACGGGAGGGGUAUGACAAAGGAAGGAAUGCACAAAAUGCUGAGGUAAACCUCAAACAGUCCACACUGUAGCAUGAAGUGGUAUUGCAGGCAGGGAAGGAAGGUAUUUGUGAUACAUGUAUUUGAAAUACCUAUUUCAAAUACAAAAUAGGGUUUGUAAUUUGUAUUUGAUAGGAAUUAUGAAAAUGGCUUCAUGUUUUGUAUCAAAAUACUUCAGUGUUUUGUAUUCUUGGAGUUCAAAAAUACUUUAAAUUAAAAUGUUUUCUGUUAGACGUUUACAUCUCUCACCCACACUCUCAGAUAAGUUUGCCUGUUUUUGGUUUAUGUGACUGUUUUGGAAUACCUGAUCUGUAGUGUUCUCUAUUCAGCCUUGUUGGAGUUUCAAUAAAUGUUUUGAGUAGACCGUGAAUGUGUAUGCAUCUAAACCAGGGGUGUCCAGUCUUAUCCGCAAAGGGCCGGUGUGUAUGCGGGUUUUUUGGAUACCCUAUAGGUCAGCUGGUCACACCCAGAUGUGAGGACUCUUCAGCCAAUCAGUCCUCUAAUUAGUAAUUUAAUAAGGUGUGGCAGCGAAAACCUGCACACACACCAGCUCUUUGCGGAUAAGAUGGCCCACGCCUGAUCUAAACCCACAUCCUGGAGUUCUCAGUAGGUUCCGUGCUUAGAGUUUGGUUUCACUUACUACUUUCGUUACAUUUCUGGGUGGUUUAAUGUCAAAACAUAUUGAUCAUUUAAUAGUUGCGGAAUAAGUGGUAAAGCGUUUGUUUUCAAAUAUGUGUCCAUUGAAGCAGCUGGUUAGUAGGAUCAUGUAUUUGCAUAUCAUUGCCUGGAUAUAAUUUAUUAUGUUUAUGAUUAACAACCACAUGAUUAAUUACUUAGAAACUAGUUGCUAUGGAUAAAGGUGCUAUCAGUUGUAUGCUUAUGACCCUUCAUUACCAAACACCAAGUAACUAAAUUAUUAUACAAUUAUGAAUCAUUCAGUUAAACAUUG